UCGUAUUUAUAAUCACAACAUAACUCAGCUGAAAGUAUUCUUUCUUCAAAUUUUGACAGCUUCAUGUUAUAUACACCUAAGGCUAACGAAUUAUAACAAUUUGUUUUUAUACAUUUUUAACAGUGAAUAUACAAUAACAACAAUUUAUAUCAAUAAAUAAAAUGACUGUGGAAAUGAAGAAAUUUUUAUAUCAAUUAUUAAAUAGUGUUGAAGGAUUGCAUAGCAUAUUAAUAACAGAUAGAGAUGGGGUUCCAGUCAUAUCAGUAUCAAGUGAUAAAGCACCUGAAUUAGCAACAAAAGCUAGUUUUCUUUCCACCUUUGGAAUGGCAACGGACCAGGGUAGUAAACUGGGUCUUGGAAAGAAUAAAACAAUAAUAUGCAUGUAUAGUAGUUUUCAGGUCAUACAAAUGAACAAAUUACCUUUGGUAGUCAGUUUUAUAGCAUCUAGAACUUCAAACACAGGUCAUAUUUUAUUGCUCGAAGAUAAAAUUGACCCAAUUUUGACUAGCUUAAAGAGUGCAGUGGUGGAAGCCUGAUGGUUACCUAUUGUUCAUUAUGGGUGAUAAUUAAUAAACCAUAAUUGAUGAAAUUUUUUAUCAAAAGCACAAUUGUGAUGAAAAUUUAAAUAAUUAAUGAUUGGCAGGAUGACCAAAUAAAUGUCAUUCUAAAUAUUUGAGAAUAGAAUGAAUUCAAUUACAAAUUUAUUCAAUUAAUUCUAUAAAGAGUUCUCCGAUAUUAAAUAUGUCAUUAACUAAAAAUAUACGACGAUUUAUAGUACUUUUUUAUUAGGUUCAUAAAACAAAUUUAAUAAAUUGGUUGUUGUAUUAAUAUAUUUAAUCAAUUGCAUCUAAUUAUCAAGUUCUACUAAAGGAAACUCAAUCAAAUCGGAAAUAAUAUAGUCACUAAAUGAUUUAUUA